CCAUAUUUUAAGAUUAUUGAGAAAUUCGAUGACGUUGGUAUGUCGCGUGUCUUAAGGUUGAUUUCAAUUCCGCUUUAUAGAGUGAUACCCUCCUGGAUGAAUUUCGAUGUUGGCGCCAGAUAGGAAUCAGGACAUUUUUUUUGUCAUGUUCCAAACGAAAUUUCAUACCUGCACUGUGGUCAUACUGAUUUCGUCGCGGAGAUAAUAUUCAUAGUUUUUGUUUACAUCCCGAGUAUGCUGUUUUCAAAUAGUCUGUGUAACGGUUUAGCAAUACAAUCAUGUCUGCCGAAAAAUGGAUCAUCAAAUUGUUCGAGAAGGCCGGUGAGAUCGGUGUGACGGUUAAUCUAUUGCGUAUGCUUGAGGAAAAGUUUGUUAAAUUGAAUUGGGAUCAAUUUAUCGUUUCGUUUAAGGACGCAUUCAUCUGUGUGAUUUUAACCAAAUCACAACUCCAUUGCACGUACAUCAACAACAUAAUCAAGUAUGCCGCAAAUGGUGUAAUUAAAGUUGGUGAACUUUCAUCCAAAGAUGGACGUAUCGGUAUGUGUUUGUUAACGGAAAUGAUGCGAUUAUGUCGUACAUUUGUUGUUUCCAAUGAGAAGUUAGUUAGAUGGCGAAUUUGUCUAUUUCUGAAUAACUUGUUAAAUAGCUUGGAAACUGGGAUAGUAUUACCUGUUGAGUUGUUUGAUGUAGCCACAACUCUGUUAUUAGAACGGCUCAAAGACAAAAAACCAGAAAUUCGAGUACAGGCAGCACACGCUUUACAUUGGUUACAGAUGCCAGAUAAUCCCAAAUGUCCUAUUAUUGAGAGUUUUUUAUUUCAUAUGACUUGUAAUUCUAGUGCUGAUGUUCGGACAGCAAUUGUUCAUAACGUUGCUAUGAUUGGCAGUGCUGUAGAUAAAAUGUUGAAGUAUAGCAUACUAGAUGUUAGUGAUUCGGUAAGAAAAGAAGUAUACAAUCGUUUUUUAACUUAUCCAUUUUUAAGUUUAUCACACAAACAAAGUAAAACAAUAUUGGAAAAAGGAUUGGAGGAUACAAAUAAUUAUAUUGCCCAGUUAGUGAAAACACAGUUAAUAGACAAAUGGUUAGAUGAGUGUAAUCAGAAUGUAUUACUAUUUUUGAAACGAUUGGGACUAGAAAAUGAAUUAGUGUGUGAAAAAGCUUUGACAAUAAUUUUUGAAAAUUUUUAUGAUAGUCAAAUUUUAGAUUUGAUAAAUGAUUAUUUGGAUUCUAAUACUCGAAUGAUUGAUUAUGAUAAAUUAUGUGCUGAAAAUAUUUUCUUAUGGAAAUGUGUUGCCAAAUAUUUAACAGUUGAAAAAAAAAUUGAACUGGCACGUAACCAAGGGCAUGUUGGUGAUGACUAUAUUGAUGUCUUACUACCAGACCUGGUGAAAUUUUCUGAUUAUAUACGAGAGUAUUACUUUAAAUAUGACCAAGAAGAUAAAGAGUUUAUACUAACACAGUUGUUGGUUAUGGCUAGGGAAUUUACAAUAGAUGAUGUUGGUUCAACAAGUCUUAACAAACUUUGCUUUGAUUUAAUAUUAGAUGAUCGGACAACAGUAAAACCGAUAAAACCCAUAGCACUAUUAUUGGAUAUUACAUUUAAAAAUGGUAAAGAUAUUUUAAAUUAUGUUAAACUAAUCUUAAAUGAAAUCCAAUCAAAGACAAUUGAUGUUUAUCCUUUCAUUGAAAAAUUAGGUAAUAUGAUUUUAUUUGAGGAACAAUUAAAGUAUAAAGCUAAUGCUAUUGAAGAAUUAUCAAAAACUGAUAGCCCUGAUUUAAGAAAAUUAAAUCAGUUAAAAUUACAAAUGAAGAAAAUUAAAAAACAGUAUCAAAGCAUACAUAUAUUGCCAGAAGAAAAGUUAUUAGCUAAUAAGGCAACAAAUAACUUACUUAAGAGCUUUGAUCUGGUAUAUAGAAUACAACAAUUAACCAAAGUUGGUGUUGAACUUUCCUUAUUAACAGAUAUUAUUGAGAACAUUGUGGUUGGAUACUUGCAAUGUUCUUUGGUGUCCAUACGAGUGGAGGCAAUCCGUGCUAUUUCUCCAUACAUGUUGAACAACAAUGUUAAUGCUGCUAAAGAAUUUUUGUCUACUGCUUUAUGCAGUGAAGUAUCAAAUCAUUUUACAAAUAGACACCUUAUGUUUCAGAUAAUGUUUGAGGUAUUAUUAUGUUAUGAUUUUAAAAAAUUGGGCCUAAAUGAUGAUUUGGAUACAAAUAAAGAUUAUGAAGACUUCUUCAGUAUUGAGGAUAUGUUACCAUUACUAGUUGAAUGUAUUGAUUACGAUGUUGAUGAUAACAGUUUUAAGUCAGUUUUAGUAAAAGGUUUUUGUGACUUACUGACUUUUCAAAAAGUCAAGUCUAUUAAUUUAAUAUCUAAGCUUUUGAUUAUAUGGUUUAGACCCUUAACGCACGAAACAUUCAAUUUAUAUAGCAAUCUGGUGCAGUUCUUUACGACUUAUGUAUUUUACAUUAGAACAAGUAGUAGUACAUUGGCAAAGUGCUAUGUUCCAGUAUUAAGAGAGAUUGCAAAUCAUAAUUUGUCUAAAAGUCUGUUUAUUAGAGUAGAUGAAGUGAACUCAACUUUAAUAAAUCUCAUUCGUGGACUAAUAUACAAAAAUGAAUCUACAGCUAUUAAUGCUCAUGGUGAGCUAGCUGGUUACAUUUUUGAUUAUUUAUUAGAAGAGGAUCAGUCUUAUACACCUAUGUUGGUAGAUACUUUGUUUAAGCUAGAAAUAAAUUUUGAUUAUGACAAUGAAUUGAUAACAACACUUGGUCCAAAAUUGAUGCGAGUAAUAAAACAUUUCAAAAGUGUUAAUGACAAAAACAGUGCUAAAUAUUUGAAGAAAAUUAGAAGUAAAUUUGAUCCAGUUAUACAGAAAAAAGCAUCUUUUAUAAAAAAAGAAGUUGAGACAAUGGAAGUGGAAAUAGCAUCUCAGGUACCUUCCAUGUGUACUGAGAAACUAGAUCCUAUUGAAAAUGCACAUGGUGAUUUAUUUUCGCAAGUUAAUUUAAUCAUGGAACAACAAAGCAGUGAUGAUGAAGAUAGUGAAGAUGCAUUUACCAAACUAGAUGAAAUGAAACGUUUGUCUGAAGUAUUCAAAAAAAGUAUUACUAGAGGAGAGGCGGUGUCCAUCGUUGAACUAAAUUCUGAAGAUUAACUGUCAUUUGAAUUAGUAUAAAACCAUGUUGAAUUAUUUACUAUUUUAUUGUUUUUUUAUGAUGAUAAAUUUUUAUUUUUUAAAAUAUUAAUUUAUCUAGUUUUAC